AGGCUGUAGGCUAGUUAAUCAAAAAUGUAAAAUGAGACAGAAAACUAGUAGUUAGUAAGCUAUUCAAUGUCAAAAAACGCUAUGGUAUUCUCACUCCCUGGCAGUAAUCGAAUCAAGGCAACAUUUUACACUUUGACAGUCUCUUUUGCGUGCCUUGAUUGCAGUUCUCUUUAUUCCACUUACACUUGAAGGCAACAUUUACCCGUGACGAGCCCCGCCUCUCUCCCUCACGACCAGGUAAAGAAGAAAACUUCCCCAGUCUUUACCUGUCCGGGCGUCAAACACUGAACUUUAACUUAGGUAUCAACAAACAGACCCCACAGAGUGAGAGAGUUCCUGAGCUUCAGGACAGCCAUGGCCGAAUCUCAGCUCAUGUGCAUGGAGGACGGCCACAUCGGAGCCAAGGUCCCGGAGUCCAAACCGGAGUUUUAUUACAGCGAGGAGCAGCGCGCGGCCAUCGAGGAGCUGCUCAAGAACGGCGACGGCGCCUUCAAAACGCGACUUAAAGAUGACAACAUGAAAGACUUUUUAUCGGCCAGAGAAGUCAAACUGUUGUUGAACACUUUCAAGCAGUACGACUUAAAUAAUGAAGACAGCAGCAGCAAAUCCCAGACGGACAGGUCAGAGCAGGGAGCCGCCGGUAGCAACGCAGAUUCAGGGGUCCAUUCCACCUACUGGCCCCAGAUGUCGGACACCGAGGUGCCGCCGCUGGAUAUCGGCUGGCCCAGCGGGGGCUUGUUCAAAGGGAUAACCCGAGUGGCCGUACACACACACCCGCCCAAAGAAAACGGACCUCACAUCAAGGAGGUGGUGCGGCGACUCAUCCAGGGGGCCAAUAAGGUGAUAGCGAUAGUGAUGGACAUGCUCACAGACGUCCAGAUCCUGCAGGACCUGAUGAAUGCGGCCUGUCUUCGCUCUGUGGCCGUUUACAUCUUGUUGGAUAACCAAGCUGUGCCACACUUCCUGGAUAUCUGCUCCAGGCUGCAGAUUGGCUCACAGCACCUUCGGAACAUCCGAACCAGAACACUACAGGGAAUUGGCUUCAGUUUGUCCUUCGGUAGACUUCCUGGUUCACUCUGUAAUAAGUACAUGCUGGUAGACGGAGACAAAGUCAUGUUUGGCUCAUACAGUUUCUCCUGGUGUACGUCUCGUAUGGACCGCAACAUGAUCACUGUGAUGACGGGGCAGGUGGUUGACUUCUUUGACCAGGACUUCCGUGAGCUUUACGCCAUCUCCGAGAAGCUGGACCUUUACAAGGAGUUCCAUGUGAGCCCGCCCGCGACUGCGACAAUACGCUCUAAAGUGGGCCCAAAACGGCCGUCGAUAACGGCGACCACUUCCCGCUUCCAGGUUAGCUUAGGGGAUUCCCGGAAUGCACACAUCCAGGUGCCUGCACACAAAUACCACAACCCCAAAUACUCCCUGGUGUUUGGGGACAUCCCACGUCCAACAGGGUCUCUGCAGGAGCCUGGACCCAAGAGAGGGUCCACUCUGGCUGAGGUUCCCGAGGAAAUGGACCCGGCAAGGCCACGAGUGGCUGGCAGUGAGAAGGUGGAGCGGCUGAGUUCGCUGCCCUCAGAAGCCCUGAGUGAAAGCUUCAAGAGGCCCAAUGGAGUCCCGCAGGACAAGAAGCCCACAUUGAAGCAGAGACUCACCAGGAAGAAACCAUCCAGUAAGCUUUCGGAUAACAACCUGGCGGGCAGCACAUGCCCUUCACCUACAGAAACCAAUAGGACGGAUGAGGACAACUUUGAAGUGACCGUGAAGACCCCAUCCAAAUGGAGGCGUAAGAAGCCAUCUAAACUGGUCCCGAGGACAGACUCUAAGCAAUCUGUCAACACUGGACAGGACAAUGAGAGUCGUAACAGUGGACAUCAAGGAAAAUGUAAAGUGUCCUGAGGUGAACCUGCCAGUCUCUGUCCAUUGAUAGGAUUACAUUCUUAAAAUGGAUUACAAAAUGACUUCCACUGACGUCACCUUUUGAUUGUGCAAUAUCGCAAGAACUGUAUCCAGUGCCUUACAGAAAGAAUGAACAGUUCUUAAGGUACUGGCAAAUACACGUGCCAAAUUUGAAAUGCUGAGUCAAUAAUCAAUAUGCUUGGGGAUAUCUGUUGCCCUGGUGGGGUGCAGAGAGGUUUAAUGAGGUAUUCGCUGGUGAUCGUUUGCAACUUGAUUCCUCAGGACUUUUGUGGCUAUGUGGAUAUACGGCUCUCUGGAGGACACUGAAUGUAAAGUUGUGCACGUUUUAGUACACUAAACGUGAAGUAAGUCGACUUUUUUUUUUUUUUUUCUGCAAACAGAUGUGUUUUUCAGGUAGAAGAUCAUUUGAAGGGAGCAUUUUUUGGAGGUUAUGUAUCAGAGAUGGGGAGUUUGAGACUCAGACUCAAGUCGCACUUACAGUAAGUGGCACACACAGUAACUUCAGACUUGACUUGAGACUCGUCCCUUAAAAGACUUCAGACUCGACUCGGACUCGAGAGGUGGGACUCGUGAACAAUCUUUAUUCUUAGGAAACGUCUGAUGAGCUGAAUGUUUAUACCUAUCGCUGUGUAAUCUAUAACCCACCUGCUUAAUGUAACACGUAACGUCGAGGGCGUAACUUUGGUUUGAGAAGUGCGGGGGACCUCUGCUGGAAUUUCUUUUAUUUAAAACCCAUUUCAAC